AUGGAGUGGUUUUUAAUUGAUCCGAAAACCCUGGAUUUUGGGAAUUUAACUCCCGUAUUUUGGACAAUUAUCUUUUGUGGUAUGCUGUUUUGUCGCUGUCUUCUUGUCAUUACGCUAUUUGGGAUAUGUUGCUUUUCUUGCUGUCUAUUCUGUAGACGACGUCGUCAAAGAAAAAUCCAACGUCGUCUCUCUACAUCGAGUGUUCUUUUUCCUGAAGAUGUGGAAAUAUCUUCAGUUCUACUUCGACCUCCUCCAAUAAAUCCGGAUUAUACACCUACACCACGACCAAUACGCUUUCCUCAAUCACGCUACUACCAGCAGUACUUUCACACCGAACAAUCACCUACUGAGACUCUUGAUGAUCGCAUCAUCCCAAAUCCAGCUCCUGUUCCUUCUUCAACCAUCGCUGAAUCCUCUCUUCCUCCUGCUGAUUCUGCUCCUCCUUGUAAGUAG